AUGGGGCUGCUAGGCACAGGUGGUGCUGCUGGUCAUAGGUGGGGCUGCUGGUCACAGGUGGGGCUGCUGGUCAUAGGUGGGGCUGCUGGUCACAGGUGGGGCUGCUGGUCACAGGUGGGGCUGCUGGUCACAGGUGGGGCUGCUGGUCACAGGUGGGGCUGCUGGUCACAGCGUUCCGCCGCCAAUCCCUUCCCCUCCUCCCUCUCCCCCCCACAGCGUUCCGCCGCCAAUCCCUUCCCCUCCUCCCUCUCCCCCCCACAGCGACCGCCGCUGCACACGCGAACAGUCGCGACGGGGGGGGGGGGAGGGGGUGACGGGCAGGGGGCCGGGGGAAUACGACGGGCGGAGCAAGGCGACGGGAGGGAAGAAAACGGGACGGGGGGGGGGGGAAGGGCCGCGACGACCGCCACGGACGCCGUCCCCUUCAUUCCCGAUGCCGCCCCCCCGCCCUUCCCCACUCUCGCGCAAACUCGGCAGCAGGCAUAG